GGGCCACAAUAUGUCUGUUCGAAUUUCUCAAUUUUUGUUUGUACAGCAUGCAGCGGAGUUCAUCGAGAGUUCACUCAUCGGAUUAAGUCGGUAUCGAUGGCCACAUUCACAGCGGAGGAAGUGCGCAAUUUGCAAGAAGGUGGAAACGAGCGGGCGCGCGAGUACUUUUUGCGAGACUUUGACUUCUCGCGGCAGUCGCUUCCGGACAGUAGCAACCCAGAGAAACUGAGGGAUUUUAUAAAGGCCGUUUAUGUGGAUAAACGGUAUUGUGGAGCUGGAAGAGGGGGAGCUGGAGGGAGAUCAGCCCGUUCGGAUGAUGAUGGUCCGUCAAAUCGGAGGGAUUCGAGAGACCGUGAAUUCCCCGAUGACAGACAUGGGCGGUAUGAUGACCGACGCGAUGGACGAAGGGGAAGCAGCGACAGAGGAUCUGCGGAUUUUGGCCGUUCCGAUACAAGAGAUGGAAACAGGGUCGAGAGACGAAACGAUGAUCGAAGAGACGGUGGCAGCUGGGGAGAGGAUCGAAGGGGUGCAGCACGACACGAGGACCGCAAGAGUGCGGACUGGGAACGGGAACGGGACAGGCGGCCAGAUGACCUAUUCCGGUUCAGUGAAAUGGAUAAAGAGCGAGAGCGCAGAAACGAGGACGACAGAAGGGACCGCAGACCAGGUUAUCGUGAUUACCCAGAGUCACCGCCAGUGAAACACAUAUCUUCCGUGCUCGGGGAGAAUGCACCCCCUCUCCGCGUGAGUGUCGAGUACGAGGGUCGCUCAAACGGCCGCUAUGAAGAUGACACCCCUGGCAUAUCGCCGCAUCAACGGAGCUCAGCGCGACCUGGGAGUGUGGCUGGAAGUGAGGACUCAGGCAGGCCUGACAGUGAAGGAGGCCAUAAGAGGAAGAACUCCAUUCCACUUAUCGACUUCAAUCUGGACGGAGAGCCUGCCGCCACAUCAACGCAGCCGCAGAGUGAAGACGGGGGGGCCUUUAUCGUUGCCAACUCUGUCGCAUCAUCGUCGGCGACGGCAGGCUGGGCAACGUUUGAUGUCUCUCCUCCGCAGGGGGGACCCGGAGCUGGUGGAGGGGAGUUCGAUUCCUUCGGCCGCGGGCUCUUCGCCGGUUCUGCCGCAGGCACCGGUGCUGCUCUUGGGGCUACUACAACUGCUACAGUGGGUGGAGCUGUUGGCCCGGAUGGGUCUGCUGCAUGGGAUGGACCGUGGGCCGGCGGAAUGAACUCUGCAAACGCCGUGAAUUCGGUUACUGUCGCAACUCAGGGCCAGAAUGAAUGGGCAUCAUUUGACACCGACUCCUCAAGCCAAGUUCAGCCGGCUCAGACGCCAAUGCAGCCUCAGGCACAACAGUGGGACACAUUUGGUGCAGCACAGCGCAAUGUCCUAUUGUCAUCACCACAGCAGCAGCAGCAGCAGCAGAAGCAACAGCAGCAAAUGUCCACCCAGCAGCAGCAGCAAACGUCCGCCCAGCAGCAGCAGCAAACAGCCGCCCAGCAGCAGCAGCAGCAGCAGCAGCAGCAGUUUCAGCAGGUUUUGCAGCCGUCACAACCCCAGCAGGUGCAACAGCAAGCACAGGGAGUGAAUCUUCAGAGAAGCCUCUCUGCCCGCAGUGUUCCGUCUCCAACAGCUCAACAAGCACAGACAUCUUCAAGACCAGCGUUACCUGAUGAGUUCUUUACAGAGGCUUAUGCGCCUGCAACGGCUGCGUCAUUCUAUGGUAUGCAGCAGGCCGGGAGGCUUAUUCCUGGCGCUCAGUACGCAGCUAUGGCUGGUGGCAUGAUGUCUUUUGCAAAUAUGAGCCCUCUUCAGGCAGCUUUGCCACAGCUUCCACAGGGAGGGCCUUAUGCUUCAGGGAGCAGCAUGCAGAGUUUCGCAGGGUGGGCAAGCCAAGGGGCAAUCCGAGGGGCGCAAUCAUUCCCUCCUACAGGGGCAGGCAUGAUGAUGGCACCAGGUGGCAUUCCUCAAUUUGCAAUGGGUCCGGGCCCAGUCCAAGGUCCCGCAGGUUCACAGAUGCUUAUGUCGCCUACAAUGAUGAUGCCAGGACAGGGAAUGGGCGGCAUGCUUCCUGCUGCUGCUGGAUAUAUGCCGGCCGCGGCGGCGGCCGGUAUGCAGUUCGUGGGUGGCGGCCAGUUUUCUCCAACAGGAAUGCAGAGGGUUCCUUAUGCUGCCCGUCCGUCUGGAGCUGGAAACCCUUUUGGAUGACCUGAAACUUUUGGAGGAUGAUCUGACGGCUCACAGGCAUCGGGAACUCUGUAAUGCACUCUAUCCGUCGCUUCUGGAAGCUCUUGCUCCACCAUCUUGAUGGCAUCGGAUCGAUCGACUCAUGCUUGCUAUGGAGGUAGGAGUCCCUUGGCCCGAAGGGUCCAUCUGCGUGUUUUUUUUUCUGCGUAAGCAGGGCUCGUUUGGAAUCACGAGUGUUCGAUUGCGAUUUGACAACGUUCACUCGUCGGACGGGUCACAGCCAAGGGCAGCUGUGUAACACAGUCCAUCCUUUGCUUCUGGAAGCAGAAGCUCUUGCGCCACCGGCUUGAUCGGAAUGAUGAUCAAUGAUCGGCUCAUGCCUGCGAUUGAUUACAUGAAUUUAAAUUUUAAAUCCCUUGGCUCGAAGGGUCCGUCUGCGUGUUUUUUUUCUGCAUAAGCAGGGGCUUUUUUGCAAACAUGAGUGGGUCCAUUUUGAUGACAGUGUUAACUUCUGAAGCCAGGUUUUGCUAUGUGGUGUUCUUCAGGUACAAAGACAGCAUAAUACUCACACGUACACAAUCUUGAAUGUCUAUCUGACCGUAAUCACGGCCUUACUUGGAUGUAUCUGACUGCAAUUACGUCCAGAAAUGAGUUAAAAAAAACUCCCUAGUGUGAGUAUGCCCUGAAAGCGUAAUGCUGAACACCUGGGAUCGUUCACUUCUGUCAGCUGACGCUUAUUUUUAUCCAAUAAAGGGGUAUAAAGGGGUACAUUAGGGGUGUACAUUUCUGGUGCCAGCGAUGCACGAGUGCAGCGUCAAAGUCUCGUCCUCAAAGCCGUAUCCGAUUACCGACAGGAACUGCUCGGCAGGGUGCACAAAGGUGACCUCCUCUUCCGUUCCCCCCUCUCUGUGUUCGUUUCAUACCGAUUGGAAGUGUGGGGCUACUGAUGGCUUGGGCAUUGUCAAGCCAGCCUCUCCGAAGAUUCUUCGUCAGAGAAGUGAAGGUUCAUCGUCGGAGAAAUGAAAGUUCUUCCUCGUCCAAGAAACGAAACUUCUUCGUCAGAGAAAUGAAGGUUCAUUGUCUGAGAAAUGAAGGUUCAUCGUCCGAGAAAUGAAGGUUCGUCGACCGAGAAAUGAAAGUUCCUCGUCGAAGGAAUGAAGGUUCCUCGUCUGAGAGAAAUGAAAGUUCAUCGUCCAAAGGAUCCUCGUUCAAGGAAGGAAGUAACCUCGGCUGAGAAAUGAAGGCUCGUCGUCCGUCCGAGGAAGGAUAUGGUUCGGGUGCCAUUGAUGCGCGAGAUUGGCAGCAACAUCUCGGUCAAGCUUCGGACGGCUUCGACAUCGAUCCGUCCGGCGAGAGAGUCUUCGUAGAUAUUCUUACUUGAACUGCGUUUCAACCUUCGAUGAGACGACGUCCCCACGCCAUCAUCUCAUUUCAUUUUCGAGCCGCCGGCCGAACCGGCGGAAUGAAAGCUAAGGGCCUAAGGCUAGUGAGUUUUUCUUAUCCCUCUCUUCUUUCCUUGUAAUCAUUUCACUCUGUCUCGCUUCUGUGCGUUUAGGACUAUCGCAAAUAGGGGCUGUUGUUGUUUACUUUGUCUGUCUAUUGCGAUUUGCUAUUGCUAGUGCUACUUCUCUAAGCCUGUAAGGCGAUAGCACAUCGUCACGGCUUAUAUACCGCAGGAAGUGAGCAGUUGGUUGUCUAUUUUUUGCUGCUUCAUAAAGGCUGCUAUAUAUAAGGAGGAGAAUAGAGAAUCCAAGUGCAGGGGGACAAAGGAAGGUAGGUGUAGAAAAUGUGUAAUUGACGCUCUUGGCACUCUCGUCGAGUGUAGUUGAUGUUCUUUUUUUUUUUUUUUUUUUUUUUUUUUCAUCUGUUCGCUAAGGUGCCGUAGCCAAUGUUUGUUUGAGAGAGAGCAUGCCUGAGGUUGAUCUGAGCAGAGGGGUUUGAAUUGUGGAUUGUAAUUUGUUGAUUUUUUUUUGGUCAUGUUUUAUUUCUCCUACGGCUAGUCCGGUCAGUGGUCCCCACCCUCCUAUUUCAUUUCUCUCCUUGGAUGCUUUGUGUAGCUGUGCCGGGCAGGCCAUUUUCUCUGCCGAGCCAAACAGCCCUGCGAAACUGUGCGUGGAAUGCGCUGGAUCGUGUGGCGCUUGAUCGUCGUGCUUUACGAGGGAGGGAGGGAGGGGGGAAGGGAGGGGCCCAGAAUACGCGGACCGCAUAAUGCGAAAUGACUUGCUGCACAGGUUGGCGAGGGCUGGGUAUCGUCAAUAGGGCUCCUGAUAGUAGAUCUGCCAGCUUUUCAGCAGGGGUGGAGGCUUGAUGACCGGACUCAGCAGCCAGCUUGAACGGCCUUUUGAAGGACCAGGGGAUCGAUGCUAGAUGAAAAUCGGACCACGACUCGGGAACUGGGAAUAAGGACCACCAGCAAUUAUUACCUCAGUGGCUAAAUUGCAAUGAG